GCUCUCUCUCUCUCUCUCUCUCUCUCUCUCUCUCUCUCUGUGUAAUGAAAUGGAAGCCAUCAGAAAGCAAGCAUCAAAGCUCAGAGAACAAGUCGCCAAGCAACAGCAAGAUGUUCUCAAACAAUUUGUUGGCGGUUCAGACAAUGUUGAAUCGUGUGAAACUGAAAUCCAACAGAGUGAUAAACUCGAGAAGCUAUGCAUAUCUACUCGUGCUGCCAAGCAUUUUCAAAGAGACAUUGUGCGUGGUAUAGAAGGCUUAAUUGUAACUGGAUCCAAGCAGAUUGAGAUUGGUACGAGGUUGUCUGAAGAUGGCCAAAAAUAUGGCAGUGAAAAUACAUGUACUAGUGGCAACACUUUAUCUAAUGUCGCACUUACCUAUAGUAAAGCUCGUGCUCAAAUCGAAAAAGAGCACGAAAAUCUGCUGAAACUGCUUCGAACACAGGUUACAGAGCCGCUACGGGAUAUGAUAGUCAGAUCUCCAUUAGAGGAUGCUCGUCGUCUUGCCAAGAGAUAUGAUAGAGUGAGACAAGAGACGGAAUCUCAGGCCAUUGACGUUGCCAGAUGUCAAUCUAGAGCAAGGGACACGAACAUCAAUUCAGAAAACAUGUUAAAGCUUGAAGCUGCAGAAAGGAAGCUUUACGAGCUUAAGUCAAACAUGUUGACCUUGGGUAAAGAGGCAUCUGCUGCAAUGGCUGCUGUGGAAAGUCAACAGCAAAGGUUGACUCUCCACCGACUAAUAGCCAUGGUUGAAGCCGAGCGAGCAUAUCAUCAACGUGUACUACAGAUACUCGAUAAGCUUGAAUUGGAGAUGUUGUCUGAGCGCCAACGUGGCGAAACUACUACUUCUCCAGCUGGCUCAUAUGAAGGAUCAACUGAUGGCUUGGGUUACUUCUUGGGGGAGGUCAUUCAUCCGUAUCGAGCGGAAUCUGAUGCUGAGUUGACAUUAGCAGUUGGUGAUUAUAUCGUCGUUCGAGAGGUGAGGAACGAUGGAUGGGCAGAAGGCGAGUGCAAAGGCGAAGCUGGGUGGUUUCCUUACGGGUUUAUUGUUAGACGGAAACGUAUUCCUGCAACUGAAGUGGCUCAAGUAUUCUAACUGCGAAUCCUUAAAUUCAUUUGUGGUAUGUUUUUUUAAACCUUGGAGUUCCGUCUUGCUGUAUGAAUGAGGUCAGUGCAUGUUGUUGCAAGCUCGAUUCGACGAAUUUUUGAGUUAAUUAACUUCAACUUUUAAAGUUCGAUAAAAAUCAAUGGUGAUGAAUUUGUUUUGGCUAAAAGUAUAUAGUAAACAAGUUACAUGUUGCCUAUAAAUCAAUUCUGAAGAGGACGAAUUUAACUCUGUUGUAACUUGUAAGAAGUCCAGUUGUUAAAAGCAAUUGUACACUUGUGAAUAAUUUUAUUAAAUUUUUUCCAUG